AUGUCUGAACAAAGAAAGAGUAGGCCAGCUCACCAAGCUCGUCAUGCAGAAUCUGAACGGACUGGCAGUCAGAUGCCUGUUCAGCACCAAGGACAAACUUCUCAGCCCACUGAUCGCAAACUGUCCGGCCAUACACCGUCUGUCUCAUCUGAACAAAUAGGCUCUGAACAGACUGACCACACAAAGUCUGGCCAAGAUAACCGAAGGUCUUCUGAACCAACUGAUCGCAAGAACUCUAGCCAAUAUGACCGGAAGGCUGCUGAACCGAAUGGCCAAGAUGGUCGAAGGUCUUCUGCACCGAUGCCACACAGAGCGUCUGGCCCAGCUGACCAAGUGCCUUAUGAACUGAUUGACAGCAGAAAGUUUGGUCUGGUUGAACCAAAGUCUGAUCUGGUUGAACAGGUUGAACACAUACUGUCUGACCCAAUGGGCUUCAAAACAUCUGCAAAGACUCAUCACAAAACACAUAACCAAAUUAUUGAACUAGCUGAAGAACAGAAAGCUGAACACCAAGUUAUCAGCGCUGUUAACCCCAGGGUUAUCAGGUCUCUCUACACUGAGUAUGAAAAGGUUGAAGAUGAAGAUGACAUAGAUGAUGACCAAACUGACCUUGGAGAAAGUGAUGAGUCUGAUGACAGAAAACAUACCAGCAAGAAGGGCAAAGAGACUGAAUUUAAGUUAAAAGAACUCAGAUAUUCCAAGAUUCCAGAUAUAACUAAUUAUGAAAAUGACAUCUUUAUGAAAGCAUUCAAAGCAUAUGAUAGCAAGCUCGUCGGUUCUUUACAAACAAAAGACCACAACUUUGUCCCAAGAUUUCCCGCCAUCUCAACUAAAUUUGACUAUCUCACCAAUCAAGAAAAGGGUCCAAUCAUAGUAACCAUGCCUGAUAAUACUCCAAACUACCAAGAAGGAAGUUCUCAACACCAAAAGAGGCAACUUCCUUCUCUGGUAUAUCAAGAUCCUUAUCUAGUUUCACUACAAUACAUGGAGAAACACCACAUUCUGCAUAUAUUCCAGCAGAUCACUGAAAACUUAGUUUAUGAAAAGCCAGAGGACCCCCUGAGUUUUAUGCUGAGCCAGGUAUGA